GUGAGGAGAGUGAUGUCAUCAUGUUCGAUGCGUUCAAGUGGAAUGUGCCACCGGUAGCGAUCAGCGUGGAUUUUGGACACACUCACACCCGGCUUUCUCUUCAACAUUUCCAACUUCAUGAAAUCUACUUGAAUCCGAUUCUGUGUUAUAGUACUGCACAAUUAUUAUUUUUUUCGCAAUAACUCAGAGGCUUCUCUGAGACAGUGUACGCUAAACGAACCAAGAAAACGACACAUAGCAUGCUGCGUGCGCUACUUUUCUUUCAUCCAUAGGCUACAUUUGCUUCAGAAGUUUUCUCCCCAAAUGUAAGCGACGGCGAAGGUGUUUUUGUACGUUUCUUUGGUUGUUCAUGCACUUUUACUUUUUGUACUAUUUAGUAUUUUUUCUACAAAACAGACCAACAGUUCCAUGGACGAUAUUUGAGAAAAGCGGAUGGUCUCCAUUACGGAAUACAAUUGGCAACUGAAUGAAUUGAGGCCAAACACAGAAAGGAAACAGUUGAUUCCGCACUACGAACUGAAAUCAUUCGGAUUCUUUGUCGCUAUUCACGUGGUUCCGUCUACAGGAAGUGAUCUGGUCUGGUGGUGGUGUCGUCAGGUGGUGGUGUAGUCGGGUGCGGUGUGGUCCAGGGUGUAUAGCUGCUGCUGCUUCUCUUUCUCCGCCUGACGCCCUCUGCCCGCUGCUGGCCCUGCCCAUGGCACAUACUGCUCUCCUGUGAAUCUCAUCCAGCAAGCUGGACACCGCAGCUUCGGACCACAACACCUCUGCCUCCACCUCCGCCCCUCCCCACAGGGAACCCUCCAAUCCACAGCCAGACUACCCCAGCGUGCACGGCCCCCGCGAAGAGCAGUAUGUGAGUGAGGUCGCGCCCCCCGAUGACGUCACCACCGUCUACAGAGAUGCCGGGACCAUCACUGAUGUGUGUAACAGUACUGAUCUUCCAGAGGUGGAGAUCAUCAGUCUGCUGGAGGAGCAGCUGCCCCACUACAAGCUGAGAGCAGACACCAUCUACGGGUAUGAGCACGACGACUGGCUCCACACCCCUCUCCUCUCCCCCGACACCAACCUGGACCUCACCGUGGAGCAGAUUGAGGAGACUCUGAAGUAUUUCCUUCUAUGUGCUGAAAGAGUGGGCCAGAUGACUAAGACGUACAGUGACAUAGAUGCUGUUACUCGUCUGCUUGAAGAGAAAGAACGGGACUUGGAGCUCGCCGCCCGCAUCGGCCAGUCACUGCUGAAGAAGAACAAAACCCUCAGUGAGAGAAAUGAAUUCCUGGAGGAGCAAGUGGAGCACAUUCGAGAGGAGGUUUCUCAGCUGCGCCAUGAUCUGUCUAUGAAAGAUGAGCUUCUCCAGUUCUACACUAGUGCAGCAGAGGAGAGUGAAGGAGAUUCGUCCACCUGUACCCCCAUCCGCCACAAUGACUCCACACUGUCGGUGCCAAGAUACUUCCCCCUGGACUCACUGCAGAAGAAACUCAAAGACCUGGAGGCAGAGAACAUCUCUCUCAGAUCAGAGGCCAGUCACCUGGAGACGGAGACAGAGGAGUACGAGGAGAAGGAGCAGCAGCUGGUCAACGACGUCGUCAAAGAGCUGAGAGAUGCCAACCACCAGAUGUCCACCCUGGCGGAGGAGCUGGCGAGGAAGACGGACGACGGGUCUCGCCAGCAGGAGGAGAUCACACACCUCCUGUCCCAGAUCGUAGACCUGCAGAAGAAGUCCAAGUCUUAUACAGUGGAAAACCAAGAGCUCACCCAGCAUCUAGGGGCUGCCAAAGAUGCCCAGCGCCAGCUCACUGCUGAGCUGAGGGAGUUGGAGGAUAAGUAUGCAGAGUGUAUGGAGAUGCUCCAUGAGGCCCAGGAAGAGCUGAAGAACCUCCGGAAUAAAUCACUACCUCUCAGUACACCCCGACGCUUCCACUCCCUGGGCCUGUUCCCUAUGGUGUCAGAUGUUAACAGCAUUGUUUAUGCCGAGGGGGACUCUCUAGCUGCUGAGAUUGAGGGCACCAUGAGGAAGGGGCUGGCUAUGGAUGACCCGGAAGUGGAAGAGCAGAAGUUGCACCCCAAGCGUGUGUUUGAGACUGUGAAAAACGUUAACCUGAUGCGUCAGCGCUCCUCUCUGGCCCCGUCUCCCAUGAACAUCCCCGGCUCCAACCGGUCGUCCUGUCUGAACUCUGGCCGCUCCAGCUGCCUGUCCACGCCCCGCUCCAGCCUGUACGGAGGAGAUAUGGGGAGCAUCCUCAUAGACAACCACACCAACAGCUUCAUACUGGAGACGCCUGACCACAGUACGGAUGACUCCAACAAGAAACCAGGGACCCCUGGAACGCCGGGCUCUCAGGAUCUGGAAGCAGCCCUGCGACGUCUCUCCCUGCGGCGGGACAACUACCUGAGCGAGCGGCGGUUCUUCGAGGAGGAGAGGGAUCGGAAGCUCCAGGGGCUGGUGGAGAAGGGAGAGGUGGACAACGGCAGUAUGACCCCCACAGAGAGCAUCAUGUCCCUGGGAGGAACCCACCUCUCUUCCAUCUGGUCUGGGUACUCCUUCAGCUCCCGCUCCUACCUGCCGGAGAAGCUGCAGAUCGUCAAGCCACUGGAAGGCUCGGCCACCCUGCACCAGUGGCAGCAGCUGGCUCAGCCCAACCUGGGUGGGAUCCUGGACACGCGGCCUGGUGUGGUCACUAAGGGCUUCCGUCCUCUGGAACUAGACCUGGAGCACAUGUACCUGUUCACUGACUUUGAGGAGGAGGACUUUGAGGUAGUGGAGGAGUCUGACCACCUGUCUGUCUCAGGCUCUACCCCCGGCUGUAGUGGCAUCUCCAUCCUCAGCCGGCAGGGCCUCCGUACCCGCUCCUCCUCCUGCUCCUCCUCCUGCAGCGGCAGAUCCAUCAACAACAACCUUCCAGAGGGAGAAGCCAGGGAAGAGGGCAAGACAGGCCCAGGCAGCACAUCACUGUCGUCCCCUGCACCUCCAGACAGCGAGAACCAGGAGAACCAGGAUCAGGCUGCAGCCGCUGACGGGGUGUCCGCCCACUACCCUGGUAAAUGCAUGUCCAACACCAGCUCCACCUAUACCUUCACCACCUGUCGGAUCAUGCACCCCUCAGACGAGCUGACCAGAGUCACCCCCAGCCUUAUGUCGGGUCCUACUGCCUCCUGCGUCAUGACCAGCAGCAGCAGCGUCAGAUCUACCCCCUGCUCAACCCCUUGCACCCCGCGCCGCCUCAGCCUGGCAGCCGAGUCCUUCACCAACCUGAGAGACUCCACCAAGACCAUGAGCACUAGUGGAGGUCUGGUGCGGCUCCUCCAGGAGCGAGGCAUCUCUGCAGCAGUCUACAACCCUCAGAGCUGGGACCGGGCAGACUGUAGCACCUCCAUCCCAACUGGGGGGGUACCGUCGCUUCUACCGCCGCGGCCCCCUGACACCCUACCCUCCACGCCGCCCAACUCCCCAACCCACCGCUCCCUCUGUGCCAAACCCAGCAGCCCCGUGGGCCCCUUCGAACUCAGUCCCAGCGCCCCGCCCUAUGACAACUUCCUGGCAUCGAAGCCGGCCAGCUCCAUCCUGAAGGAGGUGAGGGCAGAGGCCCAGAGCAGUGAGUCAGCAGACAGGGAGUGUCAGACUGACGUCAGCGUCCACAAUCUGAAGCUGGUGGACAAGCUGAAGCGCUUCAGCGUGGUUGGGGCCGGCCCCUCUUUAUCAGGGGCCACGGGGCCCACCAUGCUGGGGCCCCUCAGCGGCCUCCACCGCCCUUCCCACUUCUGCCCUUCUGUGGUGACCAGUCCCAUAGGGGGCCUCGGCCCCGCUCUGAACACAGGCAUCCGCCGUAACCGCAGCUACCCGGCCGUGGUAGGAGCCGGCAUGGCUAUGAAGGGCCCGGGGCCCCACAGCCCCACAGACAUGCUCCUGGCUUCUUCCUCCAAACUCCCCAGACAGACUAGUCUCAAUGAUGGGUGAAUGAAUGUUGACUUUUCUCUUCUGUCUGUCACCUGUCAGAUGAGUUGGAUGUAUAUAUAUCUGCUGUAUGAGUCCCCGGUCUGUGACAAAUCAACUCUGUGCCUGAAAGAGAUGCCCUUUCUUUUUACAGUGCAUUUUGUAUCAAUGCUAAUUAUUUUGUCUUCCUUUCUUUCUUUCUCUAUUCUGUCUCUCUCUCCUCUCCUCUCUUUCUCUCUCUUCUCUCCUGUCCUCUCUUUCUCUCUCUUCUCUCCUCUCCUCUCUUUCUCUAUUGUCUCU